UGUUGUUUGCCAGCUUCUCAGGCCGAUCUAACGCGAUUUCGGCCGGAGGAGCUGGCAAACAACAGGUUUACCCCAAGAAAGUGUUCCAUAAGUAUUUUAUACCAUGCCAUAGACAAUGUAGUGGCUAACAUAAUCAAUGCAGUGCACAAUGGAAAGGUUGUAGAAAUAUGGUUGAGAGUACAAUGAUUAACAAUUAACAAAUAUAAUACCACUUGAUAUCUUAUAUCUGACUGGGUUUUAAUUGUGUUAGAAUGCAGCAGUAUUGCAGCAUCUCAGCAUCUCAAACCUCUCACAUUAAGACGUAUAUAUAUUUAUGUUUUGAUAAUUGUUUUCAGGCAAAUGCAAACAUUGUGGCCGGCUCUUUAACCACUUAUCAGCUUACAAAGAGCAUAAAUGAACUCAUACAGGAAUGAAGUCGUACACAUGCAAGCAUUGUGAUAAGUGUUUUAGCAAGUUAUCAUCUUGCAACCAACAUGAACGAAUUCACACAGGAGAGAAGCCAUAUACAUGCAAGCAUUGUGAUAAGUGUUUUAGCAAGUCAUCAGCUUGCACACAACAUGAAAGAACUCACACAGGAGAGAAGCCAUAUACAUGCAAGCACUGUAAAAAGUGCUUUAACACCUCAUCAGCUUGCAGGAAACACGAACGAACUCACACAGGAGUUAAACCGUACACAUGUAAGCAUUGUGAUAAGUGCUUUAGCCAGUUAUCACAUUGCAAGCAACAUGAACGAACUCACACAGGAGAAAAACUGUAUGCAUGCCAGCAUUGUAAAAAGUGCUUUACUUUCUUAUCAAAUUGGAAAGAACAUGAACGAACUCACACAGGAGAGAGGCCGUAUACAUGCAAACAUUGUAAAAGGUGCUUUAGGCAGUCAUCACAUUGCAAGGAACAUGAACGAAUUCACACAGGAGAGAAGCCGUAUAAAUGCAAGCACUGUAAAAAAUGCUUUAGGCGCUCAUCAUAUUGCAAGCAACAUGAGGAGAAACACGUAAGAGACAGCUCUUUGAAAUAAAAGUAACAUGAUCAUUGCGUUAAGUAAGAAGACACCUUCAGAAUAUUAAGGAUUUGUGGAGAGUUUGUUUUCAGGGCUUUAAAGGUGUCAAAUUACUUUCCAGCUAAAAUAAACAGAACUGAACGAUGUUUACUAAAACUUUUUGUUUCUAAAUGGAGCUGAAGGUUCAAAGAUGUCUGGAAUUUGAGUAUGUUAAAUACCUCAUCGUUCCUUCUUUGGUACAAUUUGGCUACAUACCAGGCUUGAUUUAGUCUUGCCAUGGGUAUUUUGGUUUGUCUACGUCCCGCAUAAAUGUGAACUAUUACAUGGCUCGACCAAACUCGCCGGCCAUCAAAGCGUACCAAAAAGGGAUGAUGACAAACCAUACAGAUCUUAAAAUGUAAAUCAAGCUGAGCGAAUUAUUUAAGUAUUAAAUAUUUAAUUCGGGACAUGGGGAACUGUUCGUAAUAGAGAGGUGUCCGAGAGAGAGAGGUAUCCUUAAGGAGAAAUUCGACUGCAAGCGAUAGGUAAACUAAUAAAGGACUUAGUGUUGGUUAUCAUGUCUCUAUAUUCCUCCUGGCUCCUUUGCUCUCAAGAUGGCAAAGAAGCCAAAUAGUAAUAAGAGCAAAUACCAAAUAAUAGAUUAGGGACAUGUAACCAUGACGUUCAGCGGGGUCAUGUGGCAUGGACAAAAUAAUGUGUGCAAACAAACAAAUGUUGAGGGGUUAAGUCUCAGGAAUAUGUUGCUGGGACAAGUCUUCUCCUUUUCCAAUGUAUACUUUUUGUUUCGUGCAACACAAAUUUCAGGGAAAAUUUGUUCCUGCGACAUGUCAUGGCCUACAACAGUGUUAAAAUUAAGUGGGGCUAUAUUUCGGCCAGCAAGCUCGAAACCGAGCUAGCAAUUAUUUUUCCCCU